ACAGUCGACUCCGAGAUCUAGAGAGCCAACAUGUUCCUGAGCAAAGCGUCUUUUGUUUUGCUCGUCGCUUUCUUGGGGACCUCUUUGUUGGGAGACGGAUCUGUUUCAGCGAGUCCAACUCCACAAGAAGCAGCCCCCACACCACAGGACCCGCUGAAUACUGGAACUGUUAAUGGAAACCCGAAUCCAGCGCCUCCAAACGAGUCCGAACAACCACAGCAACCACCAGUGGCUACCCCUCAGCAACAACCUGUGGCUAACCAACAGCAACCGUCACUAAUUAACGUACAGCAACCACCAGCGUCGAACACAAACCAAUCACUUGUGGUGAACACAAACCAAUCACCAGUUUUAAACACACAAAUAGCACCAGUUUCAAACACACAGCUAUCAAUUGUGUCUAACGGGCAGCAACCAGCAGUGUUUAACGGAACACAAUCACCAGUGUCCUACGGUGAUCAAUCACCAGUGUAUAAUGGACAGCAAUCACCAGUUUUUAUCGGACAGCAAUCACCAGUGUCCAACGAGCAGCAAUCACCAGUGCCCAACGGGCAGCAAUCACCAGUGUCCAACGGGCAGCAAUCAGCAGUGUUUAGUGGGCAGCAAUCACCAGUGUCCUACGGUAAUCACUCACCAGUGUAUAAUGGACAGCAAUCACCAGUGUUUAUUGGGCAGCAAUCACCAAUGCAACAACCCGUGGCUAACCCUCAGCAACAACCCGUGGCUACCCCUCAGCAACAACCCGAGGCUACCCCUCAGCAACAAAACGUGACUAAUCCUCAGCAACAACCCGUGGCUAACCCACAGCAACAAACCAUGGCUACCCCUCAGCAACAACCCGUGGCUACACCUCAGCAACAACCCGUGGCUACCCCUCAGCAACAACCCGUGACUACCCCUCAGCAACAACCCAUGGCUACCCCUCAGCAACAACCCGUGGCUACCCCUCAGCAAGAACCCGUGGCUACCCCUCAGCAACAACCCGUGGCUAACCCGCAGCAACAAACCAUGGCUACCCCUCAGCAACAACCCGUGGCUACCCCUCAGCAAGAAGCCGUGGCUACCCCUCAACAACAACCCGUGGCUACCCCUCAGCAACAACCCGUGGCUACCCCUCAGCAACAACCCGUGGCUAACCCUCAGCAACAACCCGUGGCUACCCCUCAGCAACAACCCGUGGCUACCCCUCAGCAACAACCCGUGGCUACCCCUGAGCAACAACCCGUGGCUACCCCUCAGCAACGACCCGUGGCUAACCCGCAGCAACAACCCGUGGCUACCCCUCAGCAACAACUCGUGGCUACCCCUCAGCAACAACCCGUAACAAACCCUCAGCAACAACCCGUGGCUACCCCUCAGCAACAACCUGUGGCUACCCCUCAGCAACAACCAGCGGCUUACCCACAGCAGCAACAGUUUUACCCACAGCAGCAACAGUUUUACCCACAGCAGCAACCAGUAGUUUACCCACAGCAACCAGUAGUUUACCUACAGCAACCAGUAGUUUACCAACAGCCACCACAAUUGGUUUACGUCCAGCCAGCCUAUUCGAUUGCCACGACACCUAAACCUCCUAUUCUAGGUGUGUGGGAUGGGAUCCGCGAUUGGGCUCAAGGUGCCUACCAAGGGGUUGCGGGGUAAAACCCUUUGACAGGUUGACAUGUUUUUUAAUUGAAGAGUAAAAUUUUUUUAAGGAGAAAUGUCUAAAUUACUCAAUAAAUGUUUGAUUCACC